AUGAUGAGCAGGAUGUCCCCUCCCUUUAUUUUUAUUUUUAUUUUUUAUUUUUAUUUUUAUUUUUAUUUUAUUAUUUCUGUUUCAACACACUCCCUUCCCUCUUCCCUCCCCCACCUUUUUUUUUUUUUCUUUUCUUUUCUUUUCUUUUUUUUUUUGUUACCCACCCCUUUUUCUCGUUUUAUGCAUGCAUGCAACACGCAUCCGUUGUGCCUCCUCCUCUAUUCUUUUUCUUUUCUCUCUUGCGUUCUCCUUCUCUUUUUCUUCCAUAUGCAUUUGCAUCUGUGGGAGUUGGACGGCGAGGGAGAAGUGUUUGACAUCUAUUACGCCGCGUUUCAUUCACGCACAUCUAUGCAGCGAGAGUACUCAUCAUUCUCUUUUACAUUUUCUCUGUUGCCUACACUGUGGGCCUCAAUACUGUUAUUAUCGUUACAGAUCUUAUCUACUGCCGCGUCAGAAACCACCGCGACGCCGUAUGACUUUCCCAUGACGCAAAUGGAGGAAAUGUUGCGGUCGUCAUCAGCUAUCGAGUUAUCGCCAACCGCAUGGGAGAUGCUGUUUUUUGUUCCCACCGCCCAGCAACUGGAGGAACUUCUGAUGGAGGAGAAAAAGCAUUGGUGGUGCGUCGUAUUUGUAAAUGUUUCAUCUGAGAAAAUGAAAGGAUUCUCGAGCGAUUUUAUUCAAGAAAGCAUUUUUCCAGCGGUGACCAAAUUGCAAGCUAAGCAGGAAGAAAGACAAACUGGGGGCGAACACCUGCCGGUGGCCCGUGUGGCGGUGGCGGACAUUCAGGACUCCCGAUCAUAUUUUGACUUGUACCCAUUCGCCUAUGUCUUUGAGAGCAGUGGCGUCGGCGAGGAUGCUGGGGCCACUGGCCGGCCCGAUUUACUGACCAGCGUGGAGAAAAUGAUAAAGAAAGGGCGCAUGAUGCGCGGGACACGUAGUGAUCCGAAGACGCCCGUCAUUCUUCUUUUUCGCCCAGGCGCUGCUGCGUAUCUCCGAAAGGGACGACAGUGGAAAUUACAGCAGCUCAAGGAGUCACACCCUCUUCGCAUGAUGGUCCAUUUGGAUCGAAUGGAGCCGUUCAUAUCGGAGGUGCCGCAGGGGAUCGUUACGGCUCCACUUUCUUUGUCAAUGCAUCUUCUCUCCGACUAUGAACACUGCCCCACAAAUCCUUCUCGUGCCAGUGUUGGUGCGGGGGUAACGAAGCAGGGCGGCGCUAAAAAGGACAAGGCGGUUGUUGACGACGAUGCGGAUGACGCCGCCCUCGGUAUCCUCACAGUGAAUGAGUUGAAGCAGCACCAGGAGCGUGUGCUUGGAACAUUGCGCCGGGUUCGUGAGCGGCAGCAGGGAAGAGGAAGGGAAAACCCCCUUAGUUUGGAAUCUCUCAGGGGGGUGUCUGCGAAGGAUCGCGUGAAGGAGUUGAUGAGGCGUGUCAAGUCACUCAAUAAUCAAGAUGAUGACCUGCAGGAGGACGAGGCGCCCGCCGCCGACAAACAUGCGCCGCGAGAUGAGGGGGAUGAGGAGGCAGAGGAUGAAGAGCAAUUCAACGACCUUUGA